AUGGAAACAGCCACCCCUUUUCCAACAGCCACCGCAACCAUCGGCGACGGCGCCGUUGACACUACCGCCAUCGAAUCCACAGCCGUAACCACCGCAACCACUGCCUCUGGAGAUUUAUCCUCCGAAGACACCUCCACCAAUGGCACCCCGCAAGCUGCACACUCCGAUCAAACUUACCCUAAUCUCUCCCCAAAUUCGUCGAGUCGCCCCCAAAUCACAGACGCCGACGACGAAGAACGAAUCUCCCCCCGGAAAAACCAAAAGCUCUCCGACUUGCCGAAGCCCGAGCUCAUGGAAUCCGAGAUGACCGAACCGCCCUCACUCGCGUACGCAACCCCCGUCGUCCCACCUCAGAACGGGAAGCCAUCGGCGGCCAAAUCCAGCAAAAAGUCGAAGAAGAAGAGCAACGACGUGUGGACCACAACAUCCAGGAAGGGGAAGAAGAAGACGAAGCACGCCUCCAUCGGCAACCAUAAUUCCAAGAAUGCCAUCACCGGCGCCGGCGAGGAUAAAGUGAUGAUCACUCCAAUCCCUAGGUUUCCGGACAAGAAUGAUGACAGCGUGGACUUGCAGAUCUGCCUGUCGAAGGCCUACAAGGCGGAGAAGGUGGAACUAAGUGAAGACAGGCUGACUGCCGGGAGCACGAAGGGAUAUCGAAUGGUGAGGGCAACUCGGGGCAUCUGUGAGGGCGCGUGGUACUUUGAGAUAAAGGUGGUGCAUUUGGGUGAGACGGGACACACGCGGCUGGGCUGGUCCACGGAUAAGGGGGACUUGCAGGCGCCCGUGGGGUAUGAUGGGAAUAGCUUUGGCUACAGGGAUAUUGAUGGGAGCAAAGUGCACAAGGCUUUGAGGGAAAAGUACGGGGAUGAAGGGUAUAAAGAAGGUGAUGUCAUUGGAUUUUACAUUAACAUGCCGGAUGGAGGAGCUUAUGCCCCCAAACCGCCUCGGCUGGUUUGGUACAAGGGGCAAAGGUAUUUUUGUGCUCCCGACCCCAAGGAAGAUCCGCCGAAAAUCGUGCCUGGAAGUGAGAUAUCUUUCUUCAAAAAUGGAAUAUGUCAGGGGGUUGCUUUCUCAGACCUUUACGGUGGCCAGUAUUUCCCGGCAGCCUCAAUGUACACCCUUCCCGACCAACCAAAUUGUGUUGUUAAGUUCAAUUUUGGUCCGAAUUUUGAGAAAUUCCCUGAAGACUUUGGUGGGCGUCCUACCCCGAGACCUAUGAUUGAAGUCCCAUAUCAAAGUUAUGAAUGCCGGGUUGAGAAUGAGGUCUCCACUGAGAAGAAAUAG